ACCUCGCUCAUCAAAAGUUUACUGCUCCUAACCUAACAAAUUUAAAGGGCUUCAAAACAAAUCACAAAGUGCCUUAGUCCAAUUUUUACAAAAUGUAUAUAAAAGUGAGGAAACUUGGUGCGAAGCCGGGAGACGACGAUCUUCUAGUCAACUUAUCGAAGAAGGCAAAGAUCCAGGAGCUGAGGAAAAUGAUCCAGGAUGAAUGGAGCAUCGAACCGGAAAAGCAGAGGCUCUAUUACAAAGGCAAGCAAUUGAUUGAUGAUCAUGAACUUUUUGAGUACGGAGUGCAAUUGAACGAUGUCAUCCAGAUGUUGAUUAAAGCUGAAGAUAAGAAAGAAGAAGUUAAAGAGGAAUUGAUUAAGAACAGCACCGUUCGUGAGGAGGUCGUGGCUCAGAGUAAAUAUUAUAAAGUAGGUGAUAAGAUUGAUAUGAGGGACACAAAUGGCUGCUGGUUCGAGGCCAAAGUGGAGAAGAUUUAUAGUAAUGGAGAUGAUACUGGGGCUAAGGAAGAACCGGAGUUGUUUUUCAAAUGUCUGCAGGAAACGAAUUUCCUUCCUGUUCGUUUGGAGGUAAGCUUUGAUAACUUGAGGCCUCGCUCGUAUAAAAUGUAUAAGAUGAGCGAAUUAUCGCCGGGGAUGACUGUACUUGUGAAUUACAAUAUUGACGAGUCGAAGGAACGUGGCUAUUGGUACGAUUUCAAGAUCGCGUAUAAAUUCGUUAAAAGUAUAAAAGGGACGUUGUUCUUUGGACGCGAUAGAAAUCCGCUGGAGAAUGUAACUGUUAAAUUCGUGGAUGAAGUGCUGAAGAUUGAGAAACCCGUUUUACUUGAUGAGCGAGUGGAUGUUAAGGAGCUGGACGGACUGGAGCUACGCAAAGUGCCUUAUUACUGUAAGAAAUGUAAAGAUGUACCUGAUAAGAAGUGCAGAGAGUGUGGUUGCAGGGUGUGCUUUGGUAAGAACAACGUGGAGAACAUGUUGCUCUGCGAUGAAUGCGAUGACGGUUACCACAUCGGUUGUCUGAAUCCCCCGUUGACGGAGAUCCCUGAAGAGGAGGAAUGGUAUUGUCCGUCGUGUAAAACCGAUGAGAACGAGAUCGUUAAGGCAGGGGAUAAGCUGAAGUUCAGCAAUAAGAAGUCGAAGAUGCCAAGCGCGAAAGAUGGAACUGCGAGGGAUUGGGGUAAGGGGAUGGCGUGCGUGGGGAAGACGAAGGAAUGCACCAUCGUUUCCAAAGACCAUUUGGGUCCCAUUCCCGGAGUGGAGGUCGGCACGUGCUGGAAGUACAGGCUGCAGGUCGCCGAAGCCGGCAUUCACAGACCCAUAGUUGCAGGCAUCCACGGGAGAUCGUGCAGCUUCGCUUACAGUUUAGUCCUGAGCGGAGGCUACGAGGACGACGUCGAUAAUGGAAACGAGUUCUUGUACACCGGAUCAGGUGGAAGAGAUUUGUCCGGUAACAAGAGGGUCAGCGAGCAGAGCUGCGACCAAACUUUGACAAAGCUGAACAAGGCUCUAGCUAUGAACUGCAACGCGAAAUUCAAUGCAAAGGACGGAGCCGAAGCUAAAGAUUGGAAAGGAGGAAAACCCGUGAGAGUAGUGAGAAAUUACAAAGGCGCAAAGCAUUCCAAAUACGCGCCAACUGACGGCAAUCGUUACGACGGAAUCUAUAAAGUAAUCAAGUAUUAUCCAGAGAAAGGAAAAUCCGGCUUCAUCGUGUGGAGGUACAAGUUGAGGAGAGAUGAUCCAACACCGGCGCCGUGGGAAGAGGGCGGUCAACAAUUCGACAUGAUCUAUCCAGAUGGUUACUUGGAAGCUCAAGAGAAGAAAGGAACCAAAAGAGUUUUAACUGACGCCUCGAACUCUUCUCCAGCGCCGAAGAGAACCAAAACCGAAGUCUACAAAUUGCCGGCGGACGUUAAAUCUUUGAUAGACGAAGAUACGGGGAACGCAAAGUCGUGGAAGGAAUGCAAGGAGUGUUUGAGGGAUGGAAAAGUGAAAUUCCUGGAGAAGGUCGAAGAGAUCUUCAUGUGCAUCUGCUGCCAAGAAGUCGUCCAUCUUCCUGUCACCACGCAAUGCUCCCACAACAUCUGCAGGAGUUGUUUGAGAAGAUCAUUCGCUUCGGAUAUUCACACGUGUCCGUAUUGUCGUUUCGAGUUGGGUCGCGGUUACGAGAUGAAGAUUAACGAAGCUUUAACUAAAACCCUCCAGAAACUCUUCCCAGGUUACGAGACGUCUCGUGACUAAACAUAAUGAUGCACCUUUCUAGUAUUAAUUAGUAUAUUUAAUAAUAUUAUUAUUUUUUUUCUAUUAUUUAACGUUA